AUACUCCCGCACACACGUGUAUCUUAAGAGCCCCUCCUAAAGGGGGUCUUAUAAUGAUCAAUGCUUGAGUGAUUUUCAAGGCAAAAAGGGUUUGACAUUGCGGGUGCCGGUUUUUAAUACAAGUCAUCAUUUUAUAUCCGCUCAGAGAAUUUCUGCUUACAUUCUCGACCGAAAGAUGACGUUUGGGUAGUCGAUUGGUAUUAUUAUCACUAAUAAAUCGUCAUUUUAUGUAGGUUUGAAUAAACGUUUCAACGUUAUCACACCAUAACAUAAAGUUCAGUCCGUAUACACUGAUGGGUUUCUCUCGGUACACUGUACAUUUGGUGCUAGGCAGUGAAAUUUGCAUUUUGCUUGUUGCAAUGUCAUGAUGAUGAUGUCAGCUCUCUUUUCAUGUUUUAGUUACACGAUCGACACAGUAUACACUUACAGGCAGGCUACAGUGUGAACCAAAAAAAAUCACCCUAGUAGUAGAAUCAAGAAACUUUCAACAUCGCAAUGGAUGGUGAGCGAGCUGACUGUCAUCUUCAAGACCCCCGUGUGGUCAACAAGAAGACCUAUUCAACUCUUUAUACCUUGCCAACUCUCCGAUAUGCAAAUGUGGUAAAAACAAUAGUAUUCAUUGAUGGAAUUUCAUCACUGGCAUUAUGGUUGACAGGUGGCCUGUCACAGUACUUCAUCGACAACAUUGUCCAUUUCCAUUUCCUUGAAUCAGUAUUCGACCUCGCCCUUCUUGCCACAGUAAAGACAAUUUUGGUAUUCACUCUUUUGGGUUUCUUGGAGCAUGCCUCAAUGGACCAGAUAGAGCGACCGUACAAUCGCUCAUUAUCGACAAAGAAAAACACACUUCAUGCAAUUUAUAUAAUAUUUCUGUUGUUGUGCAUGGCAUUUGCCAUUACGAAAGGUGGUUUGAUUCUCAAUGCUCUUUUGAAUGACCCAAAGUAUCCUGGCAUGCAUCUGACAUUCAAUAUCCUGACAAUAAGCGCAGCUGUGUUUAGUAUAAUUGAGUUCUUAUUGGCAUUGGCAAGCUUUGCUUUCAUGCGGAGGCUGAAACUCGGUCGGAUCAAACACAUGUAUAAUGACAACGGACAGGAGGUCGAUGAAGAAGGAAAGGUCAUCAAGAAAGGUACAAGUCUGAGGCGUUUGGCGACACUUGCCAAAGAGGAGCUGCCAUUACUGGUGUCUGGUUGCGUUUGUCUCAUUUUGUCAAGUGGGACAACCAUGGUUGCCCCUCUCUUGUUUGGACAGGUUGUUGAUGCAGCACAGAAAUCCAUGGCUGAACUCAAUAAGAGCGUCCUGAUACUUUUGGGUGUGUACGCUGGUGGAACAGUUUUUUCAAUGUGUCGAUCAUGGACAUUCACCAUCGCCGGACAGCGGGUUGUUGCAUCACUGAGGCAGCGUCUCUUUGCCAGGGUCAUCAUUCAAGAUAUUGCCUUCUUUGAUGUCACAAGAACUGGCGAGCUGACCAAUCGAUUGUCAUCGGACACUGGUGUCAUUCAGAAUGCAGUGACUGUGAAUAUCUCCAUGCUGUUGCGGAACAUCCUGCAGGUCUUGGGGUCAAUUGUGCUGAUGUUUGUGAUAAAUCCUGCCCUGACUGGUGUGCUCUUGGCUGUCGUACCAAUUGUUUCUGUUGGAGCCGUCCAGUAUGGUAUGUUUGUGAAGAAAAAGCAACAGAAAUUCCAAGAUCGCCUGGCAGAAGCCAGCACUGUUGCUGAGGAGUGCAUCUCAAGUGCACGGACAGUCCGCAUGUUCAGCAGUGAAAGGGCGUCCAUCAAAGCUUAUGAUGAAAAGGUCCAAUUAAGUUAUCAAGUUGGGAAGAUUCUUGCAAUAGCUGGAGGUGCUUUUGAGGGAGUAAUCGGCCUUGCAGCAUAUGGUGCCAUUGUGUUGGUUCUGUGGUAUGGUGGCAAACUUGUUUUUGAACAGGUUAUAACUGCAGGAGUUCUUUUCUCAUUUAUGUUGUACACGCUACAAGUCUCGAUAGCAUUCGGCACUCUGUCAUCGCUCUAUGGAGACUUCAUGAAAGCAGUCGGAGCGUCGGUGCGUAUCUUCGACUUGCUCGAUCGAGUCCCGGAGGUACCGUGCCAGGGUGGUGACAAGCCUAUCGACUUUGACGGCAGUAUCAGUUUCCAUAAUGUUCGGUUCACGUAUCCAUCUCGGCCUGAUACGGAAGUUUUGAAAGAUGUCAGUUUUUCUGUCCAGCCCGGGCAGAUGGUCGCACUCGUUGGUCCAUCAGGUGGAGGCAAGUCGACCAUUGUUAGUUUGAUAGAGCGUUUCUAUGACCCUCGUUCAGGAUCUGUUGAUGUAGGUUCCUAUAACCUGAAGACCCUGGAUCCAGAAUGGUUACACGCGAAAGUGUCGAUGGUUGGUCAGGAACCAGUCCUGUUUGCAUCCUCCAUAAGGGAUAAUAUAGCAUAUGGACGGGAAGCCUCGCUGGAGGAGGUGAUAGAGGCAUCAAAGCAAGCCAAUGCCCAUGACUUCAUCCUGUCAUUUGAUGAAGGGUAUGAUACAUUAGUGGGUGAGAGGGGUGUCAGGUUGUCUGGAGGACAGAAACAGAGGGUUGCUAUAGCCAGGGCACUCAUAAUGAAUCCUGAUGUAUUACUCUUGGAUGAGGCAACAAGUGCUUUGGAUGCAGAAAGUGAACACUUGGUGCAGGAGGCUAUUGAUAAUGCGAUGAACAACAGGACUGUUUUGGUCAUUGCUCAUAGGCUGUCGACAGUAAAACAUGCAUCAAAGGUGUUAGUGAUAGACAAGGGACAGGUGGCUGAACAAGGUACGCACGAUGAACUUCUUGAGCGUGAUGGUGUGUACAAGAAACUGGUUCUCAGACAAUUGAUGGCAGGAAAGGCAGGUGAUAAGAAAGAAGGGGACAGUAGUCUGGAGCAGUCGGAGGAGGUGGCUGAGUCGGAGAAGGUGGCAACAGUACCUGAUGUAGAUUAAUGAUCUUGACUAUGAUCAUUGACUAUGAUCAUCUGAAUGAUUCUAACACCUUGGCAACCAUGUAGAGAAUGCCAGCAACAGUGACAAAAGAAGAAAGUCAAAAGUUGGAGGAACGAAUUGAGAUGUAUGUGUGAUCAUGAAUCAAUGGUAGUAGAUUAUUAGAAAGUAUUAGGUGUAAAGAUUUAUUGUAUUAAUUAAAUCACUUAUGGACAUUUUGUUGUUGUUAUAUGUAUGAUUUGGUCUGCACAGUGAUACAAUUAAAGUAAAAAAUUCAAACAUUCCAAACCCAUCUUUUAUCUGUAAUUUAUUGGUUAAUUCUGUGUAAUCAUUCUGCCAUACAUGUACAUGUGGAUCAUAGUUGAAAAUUGGGCUUUUGCAAUAGAGGUAGUCUUUUACAUGGGUUAGAUUUUGUUUUGAACUUGUGUAUGAUAGCAAAAUAACCCAAGUGAGAUUUCGAAGCCAGCAGAACUCACCAGAGAUUGGUCUUUGGUCAGGAUACCAUUGGAAGUUCAGUGAGGGUGGUUUGUCUUUAUUGAAAGCCAAAAGUGACCAUGUGUGUUAUCAAGGCUAAUUUGAUCAAAAAGAGUAAGAAGCAUCCAACCAUUAUCAGCCAACAUUCUAAAAUACCUUUGAAUUCAACGGUUAUGGUUAUGCGCUUGAGUUGGUGCAAAAUGUGGAAGCUGUCAAAAAGCAUUUAAAAAACACCUUUUUCGUUGUUUAAUUUGAGAUAUUUUAGAUUAGAAAUUGAUACCUCACUGUUGGUAUUGAUUGUCUUACCAAAACCGCGACGGUGGUGCUACCGAGGCAGAGCCAACCAAUACCUCCAGUUUAGUAUCAAUUCCUCAAACCAAAUCAAUUGCAAAAUUAAAUUCGGUUUUGUUAGAGUGAGUCGGUGGAUUAAUAGAGUGAACAAAGUGAGUUUGCCUGCAGCAAUGCAAAUUAUGAAAACGCCUGAUGGGAUAUUCAAAAUUCUGUACCAGCCUCUUGGGAUGGUAUAUAUCAACGUUACCUCUGCGUGUGUUGACCAUACUGAGUGUGGGAGAACGAUUCUAUAUGGAACAGGCAGUGUAAGUUGACCAUGACAUAAAAGUCAUGUUUUAAAUCAAAUCAUCACCAAGAGCAUUCAAAGUAUCAUGAACAUUGAAAGGCAUGAACAACUUCAAGUAAAUUGCUUGAAUGAGCUUGUAUAUUUUUACUUUUAUGCCAUGGUAAACAAACGUGCCUGUGAAAAGGGUCAUUUCAAAAUGGCCACAAUUUAUUUUCGCAGGUGUUUAUUGAGUUGUCGCCUGUUCUUAUUUGUGAAAAUUGUCAGUAUUAUGUCAUUAUCAACGAUGAUCUCAUUUCUGUUUAUCAUCUUAUGUCAUCUUGCCAGCGUACAUGUAGUAAUCCUAUUGAAUUUUUGCCGAAGGUAUGGAAUCUUCUAUAGGCUACUGUCCACCUAUGUGGGCUCUUAAAAUUGCUGUGGCAUAGACACUCAGAUACACGGGAUCACAGCUUUUAGACUCAUCCAACAGACUCUUGGAUAUUUGAUACAUUGUAUAUGUGUUGUGAAGGGCCAGGAAUUUUAGUUCCUUGAAUCCCACGCCAGUUCAUCCAGAAAUUCGAACCAGGGUUCUCUCCAGGAUCGAACCGGGGCCCUGUUGCAUGGUAGCCAGCAGUGUCAACUGCUAGGCUACGAGGCUCACCUAUUUGGAUCAGUCGAAUCAACUGCUUGAAGGUUGUCACAAUGUCAGUGUUGGCUUUGGGAAAAGAUGAGGGUCUGUGUGAGGAUAGCCUGAAUGAACUACAGUAUCGCCUAUUGUUGAGUGGAGAGAAAUUGUGUAGUGGUUUAGACCGGAAACCACUUUUUUAAUAAAGAAUGUAAAGUAUUUAGAAAAAAAAUUGUACUGAUCAUUUGAUGAAGAUGGCUUUAAGUACAAGUACGGGUAGGCAUGAGAAUUGUGUCUGACAUUUGUCUGAAGUAGUAGGUUUUGUUAUUUGUGGUAGAAAAACACUAUAUUAGCUUCAGUUUGAAAAGCAAACAUAUGGCAAUUUUUUGCUUAGUAAAGUAGUUAGUAGUACAUUUAGAUGCCAUUUGUCCACCUUAUUUAGUUAAAUCAUCGACAAACUAAUCUCAUGAGAAAUGAGAACUUGAUAUUUGGCACGUGUAAUUGGUGUAGGGUGUUUUUAGAUGUUUGUUUCAAAGUUAAUUGCUAUUAUAAUAUUUUACUGCAUUUGAUAUCCGAAGUACCUUUAGGUUUUGGGAGUGACUUUGAAUUGUAGGGUGCCAGUUUGAGUCAAGAAUCAAGAAUCCAUUGAUUUUUUAUCUAUUAUGUACACAUAUGUUUUCCAACUACUCACCAGUCAGCGGAAAAUAUCAUGAGAAACACAUUGAGGUCAAAUCGUCAUGAGUUGGAGGCGUGGCUAGUGCCACUUGAUACUGUCAACCGGCCUGCAAUGGCCAAGCAUGGGCACUUCCAGGAGUGUUUACAGUAAUAUGGAUGACGUACACUGUGUGUAUUGUAAACGGUCGUUGUCAGUAAAUGUGAUGUUUUCCCCACUAAUCAACCCCAUCAAAAGUGCCUGGAAGUGUAGAGCUGUGUGAGCGUUGGUUGGUUUCCUACAAAAAGGUUUGGGAUUGGGCAGGGAAAUGAGUGAAUUAAGAAAGCGCUUUGAGACAGUGCAAAUUUAAAGUGCUAUAUGAGAACUUGGAUUAUGGGUACUGCUUCCCAAAGUGUUCUUUGCAAUUUUUGAAUCUGUGAUUACGUUUUUGUGCUGUUAAAAAAUAAAACAUCCUCUUAGUUUUAUAAGUUUUUUGCACAUUGUAUGUAAAAAAUUCAUCUUUAGUAUUUUUAA